AUGAUUCUCUUCUUGUUAUCCAUCGCUAUCCUCGAGAGAGCGGGAAGUGAGAGGCCGCUUUGCCCCAUCAGUGGUGGCAACGAACAUUUUGGUUACAUCCAAGUCAGCAAACUCAACCAAUACUUCUAUAGCGUUAUAGAAGCCGAUAACGGGCCACAAACGGCGCCUACCUUCUUGUUUAUCGAGGGUGGUUUUGGUGCCAGCAGUUUGUCGUCAGUACUGCAGCAGAGUGGACCAUGCAUCAUGGAUGUCUCAGGAAAAUUACAAAAGAACAUAUUCUCGUGGACCCAACAGGCCAAUGGUAUCUGGGUCGAUGCGCCUGCUCCGACGGGAUUCAGCAAGGGAGCCGUCGAGUCGGAAUGGGAAGAUUUCAUACAAAACAUGAUUAACUUCGUGAACAAGAUAUUUGAGCUAUACCCGCACUUGAAUACCAAAGUGCACCUUGUCGGGAAUUCAGCGGCAG